AUGGAAGCGUCGCGUCGCGUCGAAAGCUGCGAAGAGGGUAAACGCCAAAAUGUAGACUAAUUUCUUCACAGUACUGUGGAAGAUGUCGGAGCAGAUCGAGCAGAUCAGUUUACCUCCCGGGUGGGACUGUAAAUAUGAUCCGAGAACCGGACGAUACUAUUAUGUGAAUCUUUUCACGAAAACCACUACAUGGGAGGAUCCGCGGGCACGGUUCCGGCAGCUCCAGACGGGGGCACCUCUACACAUCUCGAACGAUAACAUUUCGGUUCAGCCAGUGCAUGGUUCUCCCUAUCAUGUGUACCCUUCGAGCAAUUCAUUCUACCCGGCUCAGCAAGCUUUCCAGAAUCCGCCCUCGGGUGUUCCCAGCCUUACUGCUAGUCCCAAUUUUGCCAACAAGUUGCAGCAGCAACAGCAAAUGGAGCUGGGCUCGAUGACACGCUCAAGUCCCCAUACGCCCCGCAUGGGCAUCAGCCGCCACGUGAUGCAGGAAACGUCCUUCUCCAACAAUGUGACGGCGGCCGAUACGGACGCAACGGUGGCUAAAAUUAACUCCAUGUUCCCGACCGUACCGGAAACGCACAUCCGGAUGCUGCUGAAAAAAUACUACAAUCGUGAAGCGGUCGUCAUCAGCGCGCUGCAGGUGGAGAAGCACCCACUGACAACACCGGGUCCAUACUCGACCCCUCCGCUACCGCAGCGGCACUUCCACAACACCGCUAUGGGGGUGGUAUCGGCCUUCCAGAUGACCCCGGUACUUGGCGGCCGGAGCGAGGUGUCCACAUCGCGUACCGGAAGUCCGAUCCCUCGGCCCGCCAGCUGCGCCAGCGGAAGUUACUACGGAAGCAGCGCCUAUCAGUACUUCCACGGAUCACCCCGGAGCAACGGCUUUGACGGCGGCAUCCGACAGAACUCGCCCAAGCCACAUUCGUCACCCAAGAUGAAGCUGAGGUACCUGAAGAGCUUUUUCCCUAAGGCAGAGGAAACGCUCAUUCUGGACGUUCUGGCCAAUGCCGAUAACAACGUGCAAACGGCUUCGCAGCAACUCAUCAAGAUGGGCUACGAAAAGCGCGAUCAGCCGGUCAAUCAGCGCGGUGCAUCCCGCAAGGGUUCGGACAAGGAUGGCCAACAGCCGUCCACUUCGUCCGGUGCCAUCGAUAGCAAGCGUGCCGAAACGCAGACCCCGGUCCCCAAGGCCAAGACCCCAGAGGAGCGUAAGAAAAUCAAAGCCCAGCUGCAGAAGAAAUACAAGGAUAUUGCGGAGAGAAUCAUUUCGAUGGCCCUAGAAAGUGUGGACUAUUCCGAGGAGCGUGCAAAACAGAUUCUAAACAUUGUCCAGCAAGAGGACAAGGAAAAGAAGAAGAGCGUCAAAAUCGAUGCGCCCCACAAACCGGAAGAAGACAAAGAAAAUGCGGCUCAGCAACAGGGAAGCAGUGCCACACCAAGCCGUAGCAACAGCACAUCUUCCAACAGCCAUCCGUCGAGGGUCAAGAAGGCCCAGGGCAGCGUGGACUCCGACGAUUUGCCGCCGCCCCUAACACAGGAGGAACUGGCGCUCCUGGUCAGCUCUGGUCAAAUCAUGCCGGAAUCCGUUGUGCCGGAUGAAUCGAAUGCAGGCAACGAAAACGAUGCUUCCAUUGAAAUCACCACUUCCACCAGCAAUUCCACUGCAAUCAUUAAAGAUUCACCACAAUCACCACCAUCACCCUCUCACCUGCAGCAACAAUCGAGCACCGAUGACCACCAGCCGAUGGCCGAUGGCCGGAAACAGAUGGCGCCGCCAGUGGUGGCCAAGCAGAAUCGAACCAGAGCCAAGAGCGACCACGCAAAGUAUUCUAUUUUUAGAAGUUCCUCCUCCGAGGACGAACUGGACGGCAGCCGGAAGGAUCAGGACGGAAAGAUGACAAAUGCCAAAUCGUCCCGGAUUGCUACCAAGGGUCCCAACAUGAAGCUGUUCCGGGGGCCUAACGACGAUCUGCUGCUCGCGGAUUACGUCACAUGGAACGGCGCCAAUCCGGACCUGGCGAGGGGAUCCCAGAAGCUGGCCCUUGGUGCGGAUCGCACGAUUCGGCUAGUGGACCGAUCGUACACAGCACUCGGCCCGAAUGGGGACCUUUGCAAGGGGCCAGCCACUGGCCUCGCCAAAGGCAGCAUCUACUCGCAGAUGCAAGCGUUGGCCGACGUCAAGUGCAACUAGGAUCGAAUCCGGAGCCGAUCGGAACCGCGACAACCGCGCGGCUGCUGGUACGGUUACUAGACAAAAUGGAUAGUUCUGGAACGCGCUACCUUGAGCGGGUAGUUUCUUGCUGAAGAAUUUCUUCAGGGAAAUGAAUCGAAACUCAAACGGAAUAUAAUGUUCAUUAAGUGAUGUUACUUUGACGGUCUUCUACUACAUUUCAUUAUAACGAAUGGUAUUUAUCACUGCAUAGUAAAUUAUAGGUAAAGGGUUCUUUUUUAAAAAAGAAACAAACAAUAUAUUUUCUAUCGAUACACAACAGAUCUUGUAACGUAAUCGGUAAUAUAUUCACCCAAUAAAAGCAUGAUUCUCAAAUAGUGAUACCCGUAUGUUGGAUUUCAACAAUGACGUCAAAACGUAGCAUUAUGAGCUGGUAAAAAAAUGAUAGAUGUAGUGUUUGUACUGGGAAUACCUAAUCCAAUUCGUUUUAUCUUCCUAUUCCGUAGUUGUACUGUGAUUGAAAUUAACCGUACAGUCUACAACACAUUGUUUUAUUGAACUACUCACUACAGACUAUGUCUCUUACUGUUCCACAAAUUUCUAAAACAUGAUCUGAGUUAUGAAGAGUUUGAAAAAAAAAAUAAAAUACGACAAAGAUUUUUUUAAAUUUAAGGUAAUUAAUUCGGAUUAUAGUGUCAUUUAUUAGAACAAUUUCAAUCAUUCAACCCUUUAGUGUGUGAUAUAUUUUAAAAAAAAUCAACCCAAUUUGUGUGCUGAGUAAGCUUUAUUUUUGUCGAAUAAAUUUAUGUGCUCAAUUGAAAAUGUUUAAAUUACACAUUCGGUAGCAAAUGAAGAUUAUUUACAAAUUGAUCAACACAGUCAUAUCGCCUCCAUCCAUAAACGCAAUUCUGCAGUGAAAGAAUAAAAUGCACCUUAGAAACGUUUGUCCUAUAAAGAGAAAAUAAAACGAAACCGAUUUCCAAAUUGAACUUAGUUUGUGUUUUAAAGAAUUUUUCAAAUAAAACUACAAAGUACAUUCAAAUCAGCAAUCGAAAAUCACGCUUAAAGCGAACGCUUCUCACUGAAUCCUGAACAGAUUGACUAACUGGAGCUAAAUCCAAAGAGACGAGUAUUAUAAGUAACACUAUAACUGACAAAUUCAAACGAGGCAACACUUAAACAAACACUAAAUACCUAGUAGGUUAGCGCUCGCAUUUUGCUCAUUUCAACGAACAGAACCAAUGCCUUUUUCCACGGAUAAAAAUACACUAGCAAUAGAUGUUGAUUAAACCAAAAAAAAAAGUUAGAAAAUAGAAGCCAACUAACACUAAACCACUGCAGCCGAGAAAAAUAGAAAUUAUUGUAGCAUCACGAAUUAGAGAUCAUUGUCACCCCACUAAACAGAUUAUGCAGAGAGAUAAAACAUCUAUUAUGGAAAAUUAUUUUGAUAUUGAAUAUUUAAUCACAACCGUAAAAGACAAGAAAAAAAAACAAUCUAAUUUUACAAGUUUCAUAAAAACAAAAAACUAAAUAUAUUUAUUGCAUGUGAUAGCAAAAUACCGAGUUUUUAUUGUCGUAAAAGUAAUAUGAAAAAUUUAAAUGCGUUUGGUAAUUGUUUGAAUACAAAAAAAAAUUAAAUCGAAAAAACAAGUAUUAAAUACUAACUAUUAUUCAGCAUUGGAGCAUUGUUGUAGAUUUAAGUCUAACACAAAUGAUACUGGUACCUUAUUCGUCCCUUUGAGAAUUCACCAAAUUUGAUAAACCGAAAAAGUUGAAAAUUGGUUCCCCACAUUGGGAAACACUCGAAAAACAAAAGUGCUCCAAGCUGUUAAUUCAAAUUGCGUCCAUUUAACAUGAAACCACAAAAAAGGUCUGUCAAAUUAUAUUCCCAGUAGCAUAUUUCUGUAAACUUUUGCGAAACAAAGUUAUGUAGUUCAACCAACAAAACUUAACAAAAAAAAAGUGUAUAAAACCAACCAACCCAUGGAAAUUGAAUAAAAACUCUCACCCAACUA